GCAUCCAUUGCAGGAAUCAGCUCACAACACACACAGUCACUGCAGCUGCGCUGUCUUUGCAAACGGCGGGUUUUACCAUUGUUUAAAGGAUUUUAACACUAUUUUAUCUGUUUUGUUGUACGUUUAGCUAGCUGUUUAUCAUGCCAUCCAGGACUUCCCUGUUGUUGCCAGAGGAUGUCAGGAAAAGGCUGCAGGUGUUGGACACAGAUGGAUCUGCAGACGAGGAUAAUGUGCAAGAAAAGCUAAAACUGGUUCAGGACUUCCUCCAUGCCGAUGCUCAGGAACAAUUGAACAGUCUUGAGGAAAAAAUGAAAAGUUCUGAGAUCUCCAUGGAGGCCUACAUCUCUAAAGUAAAGGCCUUGCUGGGAAAAGAGCUUCCACCUGAAAAUGGUUCACAUACUGACGGUAUUGAACAAAAUGGUAAAACGAAUGGCUUCAUAAAUGGUUCCCACAAAGGCGAGGGAGGGGGGGAUGUAACAAUGGAGGUUCAGGAGGAAGAGGAGACCCUAAAAUCACCAACUGCUUCCAAAGGGAAAGGUGGACCCAGGAGCAAGUCAAAUUCUGACUCCAAAUCCAGUACCAGGGUUACAAGAAAUGCCAGUAAACAACCCACCAUCAUGUCAAUGUUCUCCAAAGUUCAGAAGCGCAAAUCUGAAGAUCUAAAUGGGGAAGCCACUAAUGGAAAAACUGAAGUGAAGAAGGAGGAAGAUGAUACUGAGGAGUCUCGGGAGGAGAAGCGCCUCAAAGUGGAUCCUGACGAAAAUGCUUCCCCAAAAGAAUCAAAGAGUGAGGUCACGAAGCCAGUUACUGCUGCAAAGACCCCACCUCCCAAGUGUGUUGACUGCAGACAGUACUUGGACGACUCGGAUCUAAAAUUUUUUCAAGGGGACCCUGAUAAUGCGCUGGAUGAGCCUGAAAUGUUAACAGAUGAGCGCCUUUCCCUGUUUGAUGCUAAUGAGGAUGGAUUUGAGAGCUAUGAGGAUCUGCCACAGCACAAGAUCACUAACUUCAGUGUGUAUGACAAGCGUGGCCACCUCUGUCCAUUUGACUCUGGAUUGAUCGAGAAGAAUGUGGAGCUCUACUUCAGCUGUGUUGUUAAACCAAUCUAUGAUGACAACCCCUGCUUGGAUGGUGGUGUUCCUGCCAAGAAGCUUGGACCUAUCAAUGCCUGGUGGAUCACUGGCUUUGAUGGUGGUGAAAAAGCUUUGAUUGGUUUCACUACAGCUUUUGCUGAUUACAUCCUGAUGCAUCCAAGUGAAGAGUACGCGCCCAUCUUUGCACUGAUGCAGGAGAAGAUUUACAUGAGCAAAAUUGUGGUGGAAUUUCUUCAGAAGAACCGUGACGCAACUUAUGAGGACUUACUCAACAAGAUCGAGACCACUGUGCCUCCUGCAGGUUUGAACUUCAACUGUUUCACUGAAGACACACUGCUGCGCCAUGCCCAGUUUGUGGUGGAGCAGGUGGAGAGCUACGAUGAGGCUGGAGACUCAGACGAGCAGCCCAUCAUUGUUACUCCCUGCAUGAGAGAUCUGAUCAAGCUAGCAGGAGUCACCCUUGGAAAGAGGCGGGCUGCCAGAAGACAGGCCAUUCGACAUCCCACAAAGAUUGAGAAGGACAGUAAAGGACCAACUAAAGCAACAACGACCAAGCUGGUGUACCAGAUCUUUGAUACCUUCUUCUCUGAUCAGAUUGAGCAGAACGGUAAAGAGAGCGGUGUGACCAAAAGACAGCGCUGUGGUGUCUGUGAGGUUUGUCAAUCUCCUGAUUGUGGCAAGUGUACAGCCUGUAAGGAUAUGAUCAAAUUUGGAGGAAGUGGAAAAAGCAAGCAGGCUUGUAAGCAGAGACGAUGCCCAAACCUUGCUGUAAAGGAGGCUGAAGAUGAUGAGAUUGUUGAAGAGGAAGAUGUUCCAGUGGAGAAGACCAAAAAGGUUUCUCAUGCUAAGAGGAAGAAGCAGAGCCAGUGCAAACUGACAUGGAUUGGAGAGCCCAUUCAGACUGAGGCAAAGAAGCAGUACUACAAAAAGGUCUGUGUGAAUGAUGAAGAGCUGGAAGUGGGCGACUGUGUCUCUGUUUCAUCAGAGGAUCCAAGCAUCCCUCUGUAUCUAGCAAGGAUCACAUCUCUGUGGGAAGACAACAAUGGAAAAAUGUUCCAUGCUCACUGGUUCAUGCGUGGGAUUCACACAGUACUUGGAGAGUGUUCUGAUCCACUGGAGCUCGUCCUUGUGGAUGAUUGUGAAGACAUGCUGCUCAGUUAUGUACAAGGCAAAGUGAAUGUCACAUACAAAGCCCCGUCCAACAACUGGUUUAUGGAGGGUGGUAUGGAGGAAGACCUUAAAGUGAUUGAGGAUGAUGGGAAGAGUUUCUUCUAUCAGUUCUGGUACGACACAGAGUUUGCCCGCUUUGAGACGCCUCCCAAGACCAAACAAUCAGAAGACUGCAAGUUCAAGUUCUGUGGCAGCUGUGUUAGAAAUAAAGGGAGAGAAGAGCAGGAGACACCUCGUGCAUUUGAACCCAUGGGGGAUCAAGACAGCGACUCUAAGGCUCUGUAUGCUUUUGCCUGUUUUAAGGGGGAACAGUUCAAGGUUGGAGACAGUGUCUACCUGCCUCCUGAGGCAUUUAGCUUCAGCAGUGUGAAACCAGCCAGUCCAGUGAAGCGCUCUCACAGGAAAGAUGAUGUGGACGAGGACUUGUAUCCAGAAUAUUACAGGAAGUCCUCAGACUACAUCAAAGGGUCAAACCUGGAUGCUCCAGAGCCAUUCCGUAUCGGGCGCAUCAAAGAGAUUUUCUGCCACAGGCGUAGCAACGGAAAAGCUGAUUUGUCAGAGGUCAAGCUGAGACUCUACAAGCUCUACAGGCCUGAGAAUACUCACAAAGGUGUUAAGGCCAGUUACCACACAGACAUCAAUCAGCUUUACUGGAGCGAUGAAGAAGUGACAGUCAGCAUGACUGAGGUGCUCGGCCGUUGUCAGGUAGAAUACGGAGAAGACCUGAAUGAGUCCGUAACAGAGUAUUCCAGUGGUGGACCAGACCGCUUCUAUUUCCUUGAGGCCUAUAAUGCAAAAACUAAAAGCUUUGAAGACCCUCCAAAUCAUGCUCGCUCUGCUGUUCACAAAGGGAAAGGAAAGGGCAAAGGAAAAGGUAAAGGCAAAGGAAAGGCAUCAGCUGCACCGGAACCACAGGACUCUCAGACUGAACCACAGACACUUAAAGUGCCCAAAUAUCGCACACUGGAUGUGUUCUCUGGCUGCGGUGGGCUCUCUGAAGGCUUCCAUCAGGCUGGCAUCUCUGAGACUUUGUGGGCCAUUGAGAUGUGGGAACCUGCAGCUCAAGCCUUCAGGCUCAACAACCCUGGCACAACAGUCUUCACUGAGGACUGCAACAUACUGCUCAAGUUGGUCAUGUCUGGAGAGAAGACGAAUUCUUUGGGUCAGAAGCUGCCUCAGAAGGGCGACGUGGAGAUGCUGUGUGGAGGACCUCCCUGCCAAGGCUUCAGCGGGAUGAACCGCUUCAACUCUCGCACUUACUCUGCUUUCAAAAACUCGCUUGUGGUCUCUUAUCUCAGUUACUGUGAUUACUACAGACCAAAGUUCUUCCUCCUUGAGAAUGUGAGGAACUUCGUCUCAUUCAAAAGCUCCAUGGUCCUAAAGUUGACUCUACGUUGUCUUGUGCGCAUGGGCUACCAGUGUACUUUCGGUGUCCUUCAGGCUGGUCAGUAUGGCGUUGCUCAGACGCGACGCAGGGCCAUCAUCCUGGCUGCUGCACCUGGAGAGGAGCUGCCUCGCUAUCCUGAGCCUCUGCACGUGUUUGCUCCCAGAGCUUGUUCUCUGAAUGUUGUGGUGGAUGAAAAGAAAUACGUCAGCAAUGUCACACGAGGAAAUGGAGGAAUCUACAGAACCAUCACUGUCCGGGACACCAUGUCUGACCUGCCAGAGAUUCGCAAUGGUGCUGCUGCUCUAGAGAUCUCCUACAAUGGGGAGCCUCAGUCCUGGUUCCAGAGGCAGAUCAGAGGUACCCAGUAUCAGCCGAUCCUCAGAGAUCAUAUCUGCAAGGACAUGAGUGCUCUAGUUGAAGGUCGAAUGCGUCACAUCCCCUUGGCCCCAGGCUCUGAUUGGAGGGAUCUGCCCAACAUGGAGGUUCGACUGAGAGAUGGUACCAUGACCAAGAAACUGAGAUACACACACUCGGAUAAAAAGAAUGGACGCAGUAGCACUGGUGCACUCAGGGGUGUUUGCACUUGUGCAGGAGGGAAACCAUGUGACCCUGCAGACAGGCAGUUUAACACUCUGAUUCCUUGGUGUCUGCCCCACACCGGGAACCGCCACAAUCACUGGGCUGGACUCUAUGGCAGACUGGAAUGGGACGGCUUCUUCAGCACAACCGUCACUAACCCUGAACCUAUGGGCAAGCAGGGCCGUGUUCUGCAUCCUGAGCAGCACAGAGUGGUCAGUGUGAGGGAGUGUGCACGCUCUCAGGGAUUUCCAGACACUUAUCGCUUCUUUGGAAACAUCCUGGACAAACACAGACAGGUUGGGAAUGCUGUGCCCCCUCCUCUCUCCAGAGCUAUUGGCCUUGAGAUCAAAAAGUGCAUUUUGAUGAGAAUUAAGGAAGAUCAAGCAGCAGAAAACGUCAAACAGGAGAAGAUGGAAGUCUGAGUAAUCCCAUUCCCAACAAGACUGAAUUCCACAAAGCCUGAUGUAAAUGUGUAGGGCAAUCAUUUCUAUACUAUAAAAUAAGCUGGCUUUUAACUGUCACCAAGUGUCCACCAUGGAUAUUCUGUGCAGUGCCAUUCCACGUUUAUUUAAAAUCUGUUUUUAAUGUGCUUUUCAUCUGUUGUUGGGACAUUAUCACCAAAAUGUGGAGUAAAUUGUAUGAAGUUUUUAAUGUUUCAAAUAAAGCUCUUAUGAAAUGUGAAUUGAAUAUAUUAAAAUGAACAUUGGGCA